UACAUCAAUCGGAUUUAAAUUGCACACAGAAAUUAUAAUAUUACAGCCGGAGAAGAACAAGCCUCUUCCGACGACAGUUUUUUCAUUGAUUAAUUCGCCUGAAUGUCGGAGGGGGCGUUCCCACACGUUGUACUGCGCGCGCGCCCUCUACUGUGCUUACCGGACAAGUAGGAGUCGCAAGUUGUGCAAGCUAGCUACAUUGUAAAUAGAAAGCAGUAGAAUCAUUCACCCCCUUCAGUAAUGGCAACAUAUCUGUAGUCUGAGUACACGUAUUGUUUAGUGAACUGCGUAUUUGUCGGAAAAGUUGUUAGUGUUAUUGUAUAUAUAUUUUUAAGAAUUACAGGGUCUUCAAAGCAUAACAAAUAGCAAUGUAUCGAUCUCUGUAUGCUUUCCGAUCUGCGGAGCCCAACUCGCUGCACUUCGGGGCCGGGGAGAGCUUUCUGAUCCUGGAACGCAGCAACAAACACUGGUGGCUCGGCUCGCGCUGCAGUUCGGGCGAGACAGGAUACGUUCCUGCUUCUUACAUCGAAAGGAUUCAAGCUCCGGAGCAGGAUGAGGUAUUACAGUCUAUUGACAGGGCCAUCGAAGGGAUCCACAAUGUGGCCAUGAAGAACGGUGGCAAAUACAACCUGGAGCAGCGAGAUGUGUUACAGAAGUUGAUCCAUCACAGGAAGGAGACCCUUUCUAGGCGGAGUCCAACUCCAUCUGGUACCAAGCAGGUCCUGCCCUCCUCUACCAGCGAACUGUCCCUCAGCCACACCCCUCAGCCACCCAAUGGGAUCAGCCAUAGCCUGUCAGAGAGCACUGAUAAUGUGCAGGGAUUUUACCAGGUGCCUCCUCAGCCUCGCCGAGCAGCACCCAUAACCCCACCCCCUCCUGAGAAACAACGAGCCAAUCGACGCCAAGAGUCUUCAAGUCUUCCUAGUCCCUGCCCCGCCCUCGCUGUAGGGUCUGGCCUAUCCCCCUCAGUCAGCUCUGGCUCACUGAAUUCUAGCUCCUCCCACUCGGUGGUGUCCUCUGAUGUCAGCCUGCCGAGUGUUGCCAACACUCCGCCCCCGGUGCCAAGCCGUGUUAAGCCCCCACCCCCAGACGACCUCCCCUCCUCUGCCCCCUCUCUGCAACCAGCUCAGUUUAAGAAGGGCCCUGCCCCCCAGCCCCAACCUCAGCCCACCCCCCUUCCACUGCCCCCCACUGAGGACCAAUCAGAAACAGACUGGCCUCUUGCCCCUCCAUCUGUUGCUGAAAGCACCCCGGGCAGCCCCACUCACUCAGAUUCUGUCCCCGGGACAACAGGGGCGGAGCUUAUUGAGCUGGUGAGAAGGAACACUGGUUUGAGUUACGAGCUGUCUCGUGUGGCGGUGGGUGUCGUUGUGGGUCACCUGCAGACUACUCUACCUCAAGCCUCCUCCGCUUUAGAGAAAGUCCUCCUCUCAUUGGUGGAGAGCAAGGAUCAGAGUUCAGCCUUGCCCCAGGGACAGGUGUGUCAUGAUGAGCAGCGCCUGGAGGUCAUCCUGAGCGACCUCGCCCGACAUGUGGAUGAUUCUCAGCAGCGAAGCUGGGCCCUUCAUGAAGACCACUCCCUCAUUGCAUGUUACCUGGAGGAGCUGCUGAAGAUACUGACGGAUGCAGACCCAGAGGUGUGUAAGAAGAUGUGCAAGGCCAACCACUCUGAACCAGUGCUGUCUCUAGUGUCUUAUUAUCAGAUGGAACACCGAGUGUCUCUGCGCCUGCUGCUGCUUAAGGUGUUCGGGGCGAUGUGUAGCCUGGAUUCUGCCCUCAUCUCAAUCCUCCUCAACUCCAUCCUGCCCAUGGAGCUGGCCAGAGACCUGCAGACUGACACACAAGAGCAUAAAAAGAUGUGUUACACAGCCUUGGUCCUGACAAUGAUCUUCUCUAUGGGGGAGCAGGUCCCUUAUCACCACUAUGAGCACUUAAACUCCAACUUCAUUCAGUUCCUGCUGGAUGUGAUAGAGAAUGGGCUUCACUCCGAUCCCACAGAACAGCUCCCUGAUCUCUUUGUCAACAUAAUCUUGGCUUUCAACCUGCACCACACAGUGCCCAGCAGCAAUGUGAUAAUGCAGACUGUUAUCAAGAAAAAUGUGAAGGUCUUCUCUGAGAAAAUACUGCUGCUACUGAACAGAGGAGAUGACCCGGUGUGUGUCUUCAAACACACUCCCCCUGCUCCACACGCUGUCCUGAAGUUCUUGCAGGAUGUUUUCACCAGCCGAGAGUCUGCAAGCAUCUUCUACCACACAGACAUGAUGGUCAUGAUAGACAUUGCUGUUCGAUGCAUCUCUGACCUCUCCCCUGGGGACAAGCUGAGGAUGGAGUACCUCUCCCUGAUGCACUCCAUCAUGCGCUCCACAGACUUCAUGGAGCACCGGCACCGCCUUUCCGACCUGCAGGGAGCUCUGCAAAGGAUUCUGGGAGAGGAGGAUGACGACUCGGGAGGAGACACAGCGGGGGCCACAGCCAAACAGAUGGAUAAGCUAAUAGUGCAGGAGAUCUACAAGGAAUUCCCUCAGAUCGUUCAGAGCUAGGAGGACUGAAUAGGGCCAUGACCGGGGUGGUGUUCCCUUAUGACCCAGUGAUCUGCUGCUAUGGGAGGGUCCCGUGGAACUUCCUGAGGUUAACGGGCGUCUGUAGUCAGCUACUUAGUUUUUGUGGGAACAUGCUAUUACUCUUGACUUGUGUCCCUGUGUCAUGCGGGCUACAUCCUACUUUCCCAUUUGUCACUUCCUGUCAUUGCUGAUCAGGAUGUCUGUUGUGAUUAUGAACGUGUUGUGGUGCCCCCAUGACAGGAAGGUCAUGUGAAGUGUUACCCAACAACGUACGACUUUGUGCUCCGUCAAACGGAGAUGGCCAACUAAUGUGCUCUCUAUAACUGAGGGACCAGGCUACUGUGUUAGAGAGGAGGGCGUUCUUAUAACCGUGGUAUUACCAAUGUAUUGUUCUGACGUUCAGUCAGUUCAUGUGUCUGUCACUCCUAAUUCUUACCGCCUGGCUUGGCUUCAGUGUGUGACUCAGACUAUUUAAAUAACUGAAUUAAAUAAGAGAAUAAAUAAGCAAAUAUGCUUAUGUGGGUUGGUUUCAGAAACACAGAUUAAGCCUAGUGCUGGCCCAAAAAGCAUGCUGAAAUGAGCAUUAUCAAGGUCUGGGCUUAAUCUGUAUACAAAAUACCAGCCCCUCUGUGAGCAAGACAUUCUAGGCAUUUAAGUUAGUUUACAAGUUACCAUUUAUUGCAAUGCUGCUACAUAGUUAACUCAAUACCUAUGGCUGUAAUUCUCUGAGCUCUAGUUGUGAAAUUGCUUUUGCCCUACACUUAAUCUGCAGUAACCUCCUCUGGGCAUGUAUGGACUAUGACACACUUAAUUCUUCCCGAACAUGCCGUUCCCGCUCCUCCCUGCUGCUUGUGCUGUAGAUGAAACAUGACAGUAAAAACCAGGCCGUACCAAAUAACAACCAGCUGCAACACUUUGCUUCGACUUACUAAACCUUGAUUAUCUUCCUGUAUGGAUAUGGGUCUUGAAAAUAGAUUAUUCUUUCCACUAGUAGUGUUUAAUUAAUACAAAUUGAUAAGGGAUUGACAUGUUUUGAUUGUUUAGUCAAACUUAUACUACAGUCUGACAUUAGCAAAGUGACUUGUUGAUGGAUUGAUUGCUUUUCCUUUAUCCUUGUAGUACAACUGAGAAUCAUUCUGCAAAACACAAAGGGCAUCUUCUGUCUCCACAAGUUUGCACAACAUGCACAUACAUAUCCAGUGUUUUUACAUUGUCUUAGGAUGUGUUUACAAAGACAGCACAAUUGAAAACAAACACUAAUUGGUAUUUAUAUCAGAUGGGUCCUAACCAAGAUCUGAAGUCAAUGGAUCUGUUUUGAUUGUUCAAAUGACUUCUAAGUUGCUGUCUUCAACUCAAAGUUCUUUCUCCUCUGUGUAAAAUAAUAUUUUAAAAGUUUACUCUGCUCUAUUAGAGCUGAUAGUGGAAGAGUUAUUGUGGCAAAUGUUCUAGUGGCCAGCAUAUUACACGUUUUAACCCACACUUCAAACUAAGGGUUUACUGAUUUAAAAAACAGAUGGAAGAGUUUACCCUCUCUAACGUGUUUCUAAUAUCCUUUGUUCAUGGCUGUGAGUCUCUUCAUAUGGUUUGUCUGUUUUUGUCUGUUUUUCUGUUGUGUGUUUAUGGUUUCCUGUUGAUUUAUAUAUUUUCACUGUAGGUUUGUGCCCAACCCCACCCCCAUUAGUCUUUCAUGCCACCAGUGUUAUUGUGCUAACACCAAUUGAACCCGAUUUAAAUUUAUUUCAAAUGGUUGUUCUGGGGGAUGAUGGUAACAAAGUGUAUUUUCGUAAUGUUUACAAUCAAUAAAUAACUAAAUGAAAACUG